AUGUCAUUCAGAGCAUUUCAGACGCGAAGUCGUGAAUCAAGAUCUGAAAAGAGAUUGGGAAAGGAGAAUAAGAAGCUAAUGAAAGAUUUCAAUUGGCGAUCAAGUCUGAACCUGAACAUCAAUAUGAAAUCGCUGACCGGUAUUUUGAUUUUGCUGAUUGUCUUCGCGACACAGGCUCAGUCUCAAGACACAGCUGACUUUGCAACUUCAGUUUCUGCUACCUGCAAGGCUGGACAAAUGAAUAUCAAAGUCUUAUUCAACAAUCCUUAUAAUGGUGCCGUUCAUGCUCGUGAUUUCAGAAAUCCAAACUGCAUGACAUUCGGUAAUGGAAGCAACAUCGUGACGAUGAGUAUAAAUCUUUUAGCAAAACAAGGAUCACCAGAUUAUUGCGGUGUUCUCGUCAGCAACGUGAGUCCAAAUAAAACUGAAGAACGUUCAAUUCAACUCGCAGUUCGGGUUCAUAAAACUCUUGAAUUGGCAGAUGAUAAGUUUUUUGUGAUAACAUGUGGCAAAACGGGAUUUUCAAGAGACGACAAUUCUAACGUCGUCUUAAAGUUCUUUGAUGAAGACAGACGUGUUAGAGAAUUAGCAUUCGGCCGAGACUAUCAGUUGAAAGCAGAAGUAAAUUAUCCGAAUGGAACAAAUGGAAUAAAAGUUAAGAAUUGUUUUGGCUUCAACAAGAAAAACGUAACAAUUCCAUUGAUAGACGAUCGUGGAUGUUCAGUUGAUGGUGUCAUGUCACGAUUUAUUCCAUCUGCUGAUGGCCUUUCCGCUACAUCAAUGAUCACCUCGAUGUUUAAAUUCCCUGAAGGUGCUGAGGUUCAAAUUCAAUGUGACAUUAUAAUGUGCAAUGGAAAAUGUGUUGAUGAUGAGAAGUGUGUUGGUGAUUCUUCGGCUUAUGUGAAAGGCGGUCGCUCUUUAGGACCAGUCGAUGGUUUACUUCUAGCAGCAACAACAGUCUUUGUCUUAGAUCCAUCUGACAUUCCUUUGGUUUCACCAAUUUGUGAUCAAACUGGAAUCAGACCACCAUGGCUUUUAUGGCUUGCCAUCGUUCUUGGUGUUCUAUUCCUUAUCAUGCUUCUGAUGAAUCUCUUCCUAUGUACUGCCAUGAGCUGUAGUUGUGCCAGAACUGAAAUUAUAGAAAAAGAACCUUCCAUUAUUGAAGAAUACGAUCCAUAUAGAUCAUGGCACGGGUCACAAUAUGGUUCAAGAUAUUCAUUACAUAAUGGCAAUGGGAUGAAUAAAGGAUAUGCAAGUGGCGGUUCAACGAUACAUUCCAAUCGAUCUUUACCAAUCGACUCCGAUCAUUACGCGAUUGUUCAUUCAAGACCGGGAAGUAGACACUCGGGAGUUCAAGGAAGGAGAGGAAUGUAGACUUAGAUGAACAAUUAUGAAAGCGUUAACCAGUCAUUUUGUAUUCAAAUAAAUAGAUGCAUGUUCGUAGAAGGAUGAAGUAACUUAGAAUUAAGUGCUUAGCAUUGACAUUCAACUACAAAUUAAAAUCGUAACUUUUCUUCUUAGGAAGAGAAAUUAAUUCUCUUAAGAUCUGCGACUCUAAAAAUGUUAAAUCUUUAAUAGAUAAUUAUGUAAUGUCUACAUUUGAUAAUUGUACUUGUUAAGAUUAAUUCUGAUGAUGAUUGAACUUGUUGAUUAAAAAAAAUCGAAAAUAUUAAUCAGUUCUAAUUUCACUUUAAAUAAUUUCUGAUUGUAUGAUAAAAAUUCUUCUGUAAAUAAAAUAAUUAUGCGGAGAUCACUUGGUGGUCCACCGUAUUAAAUUCACUCGAAAAUUUCAAAUUCUUGUUUUCAU